AUGGCGACUCCCGAAGAGCAAUACGGGCAAAUCCUGGCCUUGCUGAACGCGAACCAGAAGGGGAUCGCGGAGCUGAAGGAGUCCAUGAGCGAGAUGAAGGUGGCGAAGGCCGAUCUGGAUGCGUGGAGGCCAACGGUGGACCAUCGCGUCGCCGGAUUGGAGCAAGCCGUUCACGACCUCGGCGACCGCGUCGAGCUUCUCUUCGCCGGAAAUACCUCUCCUGAGAAGGAGGCGCACAUCGAGCAUCCCGCGCCAGACCGCACAACGGCGGGGAACGUGUUGAUGCCGGGUUCCGCCCAUCUGGAACCGACCCCGUGUGGGGCGACAUCUGGGCCAUGUGGCCACCAGCAAGAGGAUCAUCACCGGAGUGUCGGACAUGGGAUGGUGUACGCCACCCUAGAUCCGCCUCCGGUCACAGGUGCGAAGAAUCUCCAUCAAUUGACUCCAACUCCUUUCAAUUUGGAUGGUUCUGCAUCUCGUGAUCAUGUUUGUCAGCCAUUCCCUGCUUCAGCUAUUCCCCAAUUUAGUUUCCCCAAAUUCGAUGGUUCAAAUCCUCGGUUGUGGGAAGAAGCAACUCAAGACCUUGUUCCAAGGAAGAGUGAAUUGGGAUUAUAUCCCAAAAAGACUUCUCAAGAGCAGUCAAGGACACCUUAUACUCAAGCUCCAAAUUUCACCAAGACUCCAGAUGAGAAGAAGCAUAAUGAUAGUACCAGAACCAAGACAGGAGAAGAUAAACUCUCAGCUCUGAAGUCUUACAGGCGAGCUAAAGGCCUGUGUUUCAAGUGUGGGGAGAAAUGGGGCCCUCAGCACAAGUGCCCGGCACAGGUUUCACUGCAUGCUAUUGAAGAAAUGUGGAAGUGGUUUUCUGAUGAAGGGGAGAGUACAGAUCAAACCAAUUGUGAUGACUCUGACUCUGGAGAUGAUCUUAUGGCAAUAUCUGUUCAAGCUAUGAAUGGUACGGAAGGGUUCAAAACCAUAAGGCUGAGGGAUCACUUGAAUGUGAAGGUAGCAAAUGGAGGAGUUAUUAGUUGCACUCAUGAGUUAUCUCAGCAACUUUGGGCAGUGCAGGGCCAUACCUUCUGUACAACAAUGAAGAUCAUUCCUCUGAGUGGGUAUGAUGUUAUUUUGGAAAUGGACUGGUUAGAAUCCAAUAGCCCUAUGGAAAUUCACUGGGUUGAAAGGUGGCUGCAAUUUCAGUACCAAGGUCAACUGAUUAAGUUACAAGGUCUGACAUCAGGGGUUACUAUUAGUCCUCCUGUAUCUCAGUCCCAGCUGCAAGCUUUUGAUAAGAAUGACUCCAUCCUUUAUGUGGUUCGGUUGCAGUCCACACCCUCUCCUGAUUCUAUUGCUGAUAGUGAAGAUAGCCUGCCUGAGGACUUACAACAACUCUUACAACAGUUUGCCCGUCUUUGA